AAAAUGCUCUUUCUUUUUCUGUGAGUGUUGCAGCUUUCCAAAUUUACUGAUGACUGUUACCACACAAUCUUUGGAAUCACUCAAAUAGAACUAUAGAUGUUCUGAUGGACCAUCAAAGUAACCAGUGAAGUUGAUAAUAUGGUUUUCCUGGUAGUAGAAAUAAAAAUGAGUUGAGAGACAAUUGGUGAAUUGCAGUGCUACCAGACAAUCAGUAUCAUCUAUACUAUGAAAAAGGUUGAAGAUCCAUACGACAGACAGAAAUGGACCGCAUGUCAUGUGUUGGAGAUAAAUUGCACAGCCCUGCAGCUGAACGCAACAAAGAACCAAUUCUCGAGGUGUUAAUGCAGUACAUUUUUAACAACAAGGCAAAGGAAGAAGCUCUGACAGUACUAGAAAUAGCCUCGGGAACAGGCCAACACAUUGUGUAUUUUGCCCAAUAUUUUCCAGAUGUGCAGUUUCAACCAUCUGAAUUUGAAGAAAGCUACGUAAGAAGUAUUGGAGCGUACAUUUCUGAGAGUGGUGUCCGAAAUGUGCGUGACCCAAUUGUAAUAGAUAUACGUACUCCAUAUAGAUUCUGGGCCUUUGGAGCAUUCACAGAAAAUUCUGUGUCUUUUGUUAUCAACAUCAAUAUGAUCCACACAACUGAAAGUGAAUGCACUGAACACCUAUUCAAGAACGUACAGAAAGUUCUGAAACCUGGCGGUCUAUUAUUUCUGUAUGGGCCUUUUGCAUUUAAUGGAGUUAUAACUCCAGAGUCUAAUGUUAGCUUUAACCAAAGAUUAAGACAAGAGAAUCCUGCAUGGGGCCUAAGAGACGUAGAAGAUCUGAAUGUAUUGGGAUUUAAAUAUGGUUUGGCACUAAUAGCAGCACACGAUAUGCCAGCUAAUAAUCACAUGCUUGUGUGGAAGAAAAAGUAAUUUCAUUGGAGAGUGCUUUUCAUUAACAAAAUUUUUUCCACAUUUAUUUCAGUAUUAAUAAAUCAGAUGUUAAAUGUCAGUUUGGUUGUUAACAAUGCCAGUGUUGUUCCUGUGUAACAGUAUUAGCUGACGCUUAGUAGAAUGUUGUGUUCUUAAAAUAAGAUUGUCUAGUUGCAUGUAUGGUUAAUGGUUUGUGUUCUAUAAAGUCUGUGAUGUUUGAUUGAUUGUUUAAAAUUGUGAAAUAAUAGAAAUAUUUGUGCUUUAUGCAGGUACUAUAUAAUUUAUGCAUAUACUAUAACUGCAGGUUUUCAUUUGGUUUUGUGAAGCCAUCUGUAAAUGUGUGAGCAAAGUAGAAAAAGCAAAACUUUUGACUUUGUCAUUCAGUAGCAGAUAUUGACGUGAAACUUAAAAUCCAUAAGAGAAACUGUCAUGAUACUUCUGAUACAUCUUCCAGACACAAUGCACUCAAAUCCCACUGAUAACAAAGAAUCAAAUGAUGAACUGCAUAAACUCUGUGUAGCCCACAGGAAAAGUUUUUCAGAUAUUUGCAUUCUUUGAGUCCAACUAUGAAAUUUCUGAAUUUUCAAAUGAAACUGUAUCCUUUGAUCUCAAAUAAAUGUCUUUAUUGUGA